CCGACGCGCAGGAUGCGCCAGGGGCGCCGGCGCGCGGAUUGAUGGCGGAGGAGCGGCUCCUGCAGGCCAGGCUGCGGCAGAAGCUGCAGGGGCUUGCCGGCGGGCGGGCCAGCCGCUGGCAUCUGGAUGCCGGGCUGCGGAGCAGGCUGCAGCAGGCAGUGGCCGAGUUGGGCGGGCAGGCGGAUCGCAACGGCCCCGAGCCCUCGCUGCCCACCCUUCGCGAACAGAACACUCGGAUCUUGCAGCUGCUCGCGGAUCUGGAGAAGGCCAAGGAGCUCGAGCUCCCAGAGAACAGGCGCCUGAUGGAGAACCUGAGCUCGGAGCCUGAACCUGAGCCUGAAGACGACGUCAAUUCGACGUCAGCACUGUGGUCGUUGUCGACGGGGGUGGCCACUACUACUGGGGAGGAGACGUCGGCGACCACCGGGGUGAGAACACCUGGACCUGGUGAGGAGGCGAGCGCCGCCGAGGAGCAGGCGGCCGAGUCGACCACCGGCGAGGAGGUGACCACCGCGGAGGCAGGAAAGAUCGAGGCGACAUCGACGACAGUGUCAUCCCUUUUGGCCGUGCCAGAGUCAUCAACAACGGUGCCAUCCGCGUCGACCACAUUUGUAGCAUCAACGACAGUUACGACGACAUUGACGUCGACUUCGCAGACGUCGACAUCAGAAACAUCCACGACGUCGGGGACGCGUACAUCGGUGUGGUCGACUACCGUAUCGACAGCGACAAAUUUAUGGUGGACAGUCCACAGUGGGACCUGCAUAGUGGAGGGUCGUUGUGUGCAUAGUCCUGACUACCCCCUCGCGUAUCCCUUGGGCGAGACCUGUGAGUUCGAGUUGAAUGUGAACGUGCUGCAGUCUGAAGAAAGCCUUGAGGGUCUUUACGUGCUGAAGAGUAAAGACUUCAACGUGAAACAAGAGGUCAACCUUCUGUCUGUCAACGGUAUUACGUACACCGCAAUCAACGGCCCUGACGGAGUCUUGCCCACCGAACCUAUCGUGUGGGAUGUACCAGCGAUAUCUACACCAGCUACACCGGCUCCGACUGCUGGAGGCGAGUGGUGGUCUUACGUUUCUGGCCCGUGCACGGCUAGCGAAGGGUGCGUAGCCUCCCCCAACUACCCGCUAGCAUAUUCCAACGACCAUGUGUGCUAUAUUGGUCUCGCUGCUUCAUCCGCGCAGAUCGAGGUGACCACCUUUGACACAGAGGCUCGUACGGCGGAUUUUGAUUACAUGAUUCUUAACGGGUAUUCUUACAGUGGUUCCGGCGCGCUCUCGGACUCGCAAGUUGUCACAGCAACCAUCGUGUGGACCUCCGACUACUGCUGCGCUGCCUCCGGCUGGCAGUUUUGCGCGGCGCAGGCACCCACUCCAGCGCCUACGAUGGCACCCACUCCAGCGCCGACGAUGGCAUGCGAAGACUACUCGGGCCCAUUCAGGGAUGCGUUGAACAACACGUGCGACUACUAUAACGAGUUCAGUGCUCUCUGCGGCGUGUACGAUACCUCCAAUUUUUCUGCUUCGGCGAUGUGCUGCAGCUGUCAAGGGGACUGUGCUGACAAUCCAGACUGGACGUACUGGCAGUUCAAUGUGGGCACUGCUAAUUGUGAAGAGGUGGCUCGGAAUCCAUCGUGGUGCACAGACUUUGGGUCCUCGUCUAAUGUGGUGUUGCAAGGGUGCCCAGUGAGCUGUGGCAUCUGCAAGUCAUAUAAGUGGAGCGUUUGCAUGGAGCCCAUUCCUAUGGUGUCCGUGUGCAGUGAUCUGGAGGAGGGUACGGCCAACCAGGAUGCCAGCGGGGACACCUGCGAUGUGUACGAGGAUUCCGCGAUUAUUUGUUUCGAAGCCGUGUCGCUGAACGACUGUCCUUGCACAGAUGGAGACCAUACUGGGUGCGAUAUGCCAGAGUGCGUCAUGACCAUGGAAGUCGGACAGAUGUGUGAGGCUGACGCUGACCUUCCGAAUGGGGACCCCAGGAGUUUUGAGCAGAACAACUGCUAUGGAGGUCUGGACAUUUGGAGAGCUGUCAAGUGUGCCGCGCCACCAGAGACAUACGUGCACCAUGCGCGGAACUGUGCGUCUUCGGAGGGUACGCCGCUGGAGGCCGGGGCGGGGGUUAUGAACAUCAUCAAAGGGUUGUCGGUUGCUGAUUGCUCAGCAUUGUGCGACGAGUUUCAAUCUUGUGUGGCCUUCAAUUAUGGUGUCGACCAUGGACUCGUAGACCCGUGGACCACGUCGAUAGGUGAUUGUCAACUAAUGGCGACGUCCAAUCACACUGGCUGCCCUGCUGAUUACUACAAUCUGGAUCUUUACAUCAAGAUGUCCUGCCAUAAGCUCGCGGGCCACAGCCAGUGUGAAACAGGUGCGUUUUGCUCCGCCUCUGGACAUUGCCUGAGUUGCGAGCAGUGUGGGUGCAUAAGUGGCUUCGACGGCACAUGUGGGCACUGCGCUCCCCCUUCUGUCGGAGAAUCUUGCGACAUGCUUGCUUAUCAUGUGUCCCGCGCGGGUCCCGUUACACCGUGGCCGUCAGGGUUCAACGUUUAUGGGACCGAGGAAGAGGGGGCCGGCGGCUGUGCAUGUCACUUGCGCUGGUGAGGCGGGCAGCUGGGACAUCGGCUUCGGCGACUGCGACACUUACGCGCCAACUUACACCAACGAGGACGGCGAAGUUGGCGCGAACCAUGCCAACUGCUUCUUCCACACUUCCACAGACGGGCGCACGGCGGCCCAGGUCUGCCCGCAGUGCGGGCUCUGCGAGCUGCCGGUCUGCCUCGGCUUCAGGGCCACGUGGGACGCCGGGUACGGAGGCUGCGCCACCUACAAUCUCGCGUACGGCGUGACGGAAGAGAACGAGGAAGGCGAAAGCAACAACGCCAACGCCAGUUGCUACAGACAUAUUUCUGCGGUCGACGGGCUGAGUGCCGCGCAGGUGUGCUCAGAGUGCGGGGCGUGCGUGGAUGGGGCGAGCGUCGAAGCUCCGUCGGGGCACUGGUGGCUGUCGGUAACCGGGCCCUGCGCCGUCACCUCGGGCUCCUGCGUGCGGAGCCCGAACUACCCGCGCGAGUAUUCGGUCUCCGAGUAUUGCGUCAUCCAUGUGAAUCCAGACGUGUCGCAAUUUGUCGUCGCGUCGAGCUUUGCUACCGAGUUGGAGCGCGAUCUGCUGUAUGUCAACGGGGCCCAGUUCUCGGGGUCUGCGGGCCCCGCCAGAGUGAU